GGCGGCGGGGCCGGCACGGGACGCGGAGAGGAGCAGUUUUCCCCGGGCUCCGGAGCCGUGUGGCCCGCUCUGCGAGGGCGACGGCAGCGCGGCGGAAGCGGGGGUGGCGGAGCGCGAUGGCGCGUGCGGCACAGUGCUUGUGCAUCUGAACACAGAAGUAUGGAGAUGGGAAACCAACACCCCUCUAUUAGCAGGCUCCAGGAGAUCCAGCGGGAAGUAAAGAACAUAGAGCCACAAGUGGUUGGCUUCAGUGGCCUGUCAGAUGACAAGAAUUACAAGAAACUGGAGAGGAUUCUGACGAAACAACUUUUUGAAAUAGACUCUGUAGAUACAGAAGGAAAAGGAGACAUUCAGCAGGCUAGGAAGAGGGCAGCACAGGAGACAGAAGGCCUUCUCAAAGAGUUGGAGCAGAAUGCAAACCACCCACACAGGCUUGAAAUCCAGAACAUCUUUAGUGAAGCGCAGGUCCUCGUGAAAGAAAAGAUUGUGCCCUUUUACAGUGGGGGCAACCCUGUGACUGAUGAGUUUGAGGAAGCCAUCCAGGACAUCAUCCUGAGGCUCACACAUGUUAAAACUGGAGGGAAAGUCUCCUUGCGGAAAGCAAGGUACUAUGCACUAACCAAGAUCUGUGCAGUGCAAGAGAUUAUGGAAGACUGCAUGAAGAAACAGCCUUCCCUGCCACUGUCUGAGGAUGUGCAUCCUUCUGUCUCCAAGAUCAACUCUGUGAUGUGUGAGGUGAACAAGGCCAGGGGCACUUUGAUCGCACUUCUGAUGGGUGUGGACAGUACUGAGACUUGCAGGCACUUAUCAUGCGUGCUGUCGGGGCUGAUUGCUGAUCUAGAUGCCCUAGACGUGUGCGGGCGGACGGAGAUCAGGAAUUACCGGAGAGAGGUGGUAGAGGACAUCAACACAUUACUGAAAUAUCUAGAUUUAGAAGAGGAAGCUGACAAUACGCAUGCAUUUGACCUGGGACAGAACCAUUCCAUUAUAAAAAUAGAAAAGGUCCUCAAGAGGAUGAGAGAAAUAAAAAAUGAGCUGCUCCAGGUGCAGAGCCCUCCUGAGUUGUAUCUGAGCUCCAAGACAGAGCUGCAGGGCUUGAUCGGACAGCUGGAUGAAGUAAGUGUUGAGAAGAACCCCUGCAUCCGGGAAGCCAGGAGACGAGCAGUGAUUGAAGUCCAGACCCUCAUCACGUAUCUGGACCUGAAGGAAGCCCUUGAGAAGAGGAAGCUGUCCCCUUGUGAGGAAACCCCGCCGCAUAAGGCUGUGUGGGGUGUCCUUGGAAAUCUGUCCGAGAUCCAGGGAGAAGUCCUCUCUUUUGGUGGAAAUCGAACUGAUAAGAACUACAUCCGUCUAGAGGAGCUACUGACCAAACAGCUACUGGCUCUGGAUGCUGUUGACCCACAGGGGGAAGAGAAGUGUAAGGCUGCCAGGAAACAGGCUGUGAAGCUGGCCCAGAACAUCCUCAGCUACCUUGACCUGAAGUCUGAUGAGUGGGAGUACUGAUGGACCAGGAGCUGAUCUUGCUGGUUCGCACUUUAUCUACUCUUAAAGAGCUUUCAUUUUGUGGAGCCUAAAUGUAAUUUCUAUGUGCAUAUUCAAUCUCAGUAUUUAUGAUUUAAUCAAAUUUUAUUCAGUAUUUCUGCUGCUUUUGAUGUUGCAAAACGAAUAUCAUUAUAGCACAUUAACUUUUCCAUCUGGCUCAUUAUCCUUACAGUGUGUAGUUUGUGUUUAUUUUGUGUGUUUUUAAUGGGAACAUGAAAAGGGCAGCAUUCCUGAUUUAAAUGGGUUGUUCGAACAUUAAAUGCAGAAUUUGAGAGUCUAGAAACUUACCUAACUCCAGCUAAAUUAGGAGGAGGAAAUUCCAGGACUGAAUAAAGUCCACGCACAAAAACAGUACAGAGAUGUUUUAUUAUGCUAAACAAAGCUGGGCCUUUUUAAGUUGGAAGGCCUAUGGGUCCUGCCUAAUUUUAUGGGGUAGGGUUUUUGUUUGGAUGGUAUGUUUUUUUUCAUAAACAUUUUUGCUUGAAAAAAAAAACACAAAACUGUUCCCCUGUGCUUUUCAUUUUAGAGGAGGAAAUCUUGUGUACAACACACAUGAAAUCAAUCAAGCCUGACAACAAAAAAUUUGAAACUGCACUGAGGGUUUAAACAUCAGCUAAUCGAUACCUUCAAGCUAUUUUUGCUUGUGAGAUCUCAACUUAAAAUUCUCCUUAUUAGUUAAUAAGGCUGGGGAACAUUUAAAUGAAGAAAAGAGCAGUCGCUGUCUGCCUGUAACGGCAGGAUGGACUUGCAGUGUCCAGUGUGGGUCUCUCCAGAGCUGAUCAGGAGCUACCUGUAGCAUAAAUGGAAUGGAGUUCCCUGUCAGUCAGAGCUGUGAAAUAGACAGGCCUCUUUCUGUUCCCUUCACCCUUUGGUUUUUCGAGACAGGGUUUCUCUGUGUAGCCCUGGCUGUCCUGGAACUUGCUCUGUAGACCAGGCUGGCCUUGAACUCAGAGAUCUGACUGCCUCCAGAGUGCUGGGAUUAAAGGCAGGCACCACCACUGCCCAGCCUAGACAAGCCUUUUAAGCAUAACAUUUACACCAUGACACCAGAGACUUGUAAUCUGGAGGGACUGCCCUCUGCAGAGGCCAGAUGGCAGUAGCUGCUGCUGGCACCUAAAUAUCACCUCUACCCACUUGGGGUAAGGCUGUGGGGUACCUACUGAUGUCAUAUUUUUAUUUAAGUAUCCAAUUUGAUGGUUGUCUAUUAGUGCUAACAAAGGAGCUCCCCAAAAUUCUGCAGUACCCAGAUAGUGUGGGCUCCUGUAUCAUAACAGACCCCAUUCCCAGUUCAUUACAUGAUCCUGUGAGACCUGACCUUUCCAACUUUGGUGAGCUGUGGGGUUUUUUUUUGUUUUUUUCACAAUAUUUUGGAAACUUGAAAGGAAAUUCUCUUUAAACAGCAAAAAACAUGAAGAAUUAGCUUUGCAUGCCUGAUCAUAAACAUAGCUCUAAGCUCCUGUGCACAUCUCAUCAAAAGCCCACCAUAGCUUCCUACUGGAAAUGCUCUAGAAUAGGUCCUGAGGGCUUCUGGCAGUGAGCCCUCCCCACUGCCAGCCCUGGAAUUCUCAGUUUGGUCAGAGCUGUGCUGUGGCAUGGCCUUAGAACCAUCAAGUCUGACUUGAACUCCAGGGAAUCACAGUACAUGAAGCCACGUUAGCUGUACCUUUCAAGAGUUACAUAAUUCUUUAACUUCAUUUUUGAGAGUCACGUGUCAGCCUUUCCUCACAAAAGUGUCCACUGUCGUCCUGUUGAAGCAGCUUUUUGUCUCUUUGAAGUGGUUUUGCUGUAACCUGCCAGGGGACCCCACACUGCUGAGAUGGAGCCUUGCUAAGCACAGGAAGCUCUCCUCCAGGCCAGUGAGGUUUCCACAUGGACCCUUUGGUCCUGGAAGUAGCCACAUGACAUGUGUGCUGUGGGAUAGGUUGUGUCUUGGGUUAGAUUUCUUUGGACCGGGUUGUCUGAUACAAAGAACAAAACAAGGUUCAGACUGCGCUUUCCUGUCCCUCUGGAGCCCUGUGCAUGCUGUGGGCUGAUUCGUGGACAUCUUAAACUCAGUCUGUCACUGUAGUGUCUUGAUAUGUGAAGAAGCUGCUGCAAGGAGAAUCUCCAGAUAAUCGUGGCCUUUGCCAGCCUUAAACAUGUCAUGUCUGGUUCUAGAAAAAAGAAAGUGGGAAUAUUCACCAUCUUGUCCAAAAUUCAGAUAGCUUUGCCUUUAGUUCCUUCUUUGCCCUCUUAGAUGAAAAUCUGUGACAGAGUCACUGUUAAAAUAAAUGGAACGAAAGUAUA